AUGGAUUCACAGCAGCCACACAAAACAAGAAUGCAAGUUAUUGCCACGGCAUGUGUUUAUUUUCGACGUUUCUACGCAAGGCGCUCAUUGAAAGACAUUGAUCCGUUUCUUCUGGCGCCCACUUCAUUAUUCUUGGCCUCAAAGGUCGAAGAACACGGGAUGAUGUCACAUAACAAGCUCAUACAAGCCACAAACAAUGCAUUGAAACGAUGGCCUUUCAUACAACAAGAUCUGAUGAUACGUGUACAGCAUAUUCAAGAAGCAGAGUUUUUUCUUCUGGAAAUUCUGGAUUGCUGCUUAAUUGUUUAUCAUCCGUACAGGUUUGUUAUUUUUAAUAAAUAUAAUAUUCCAAAUCUCCGGUUUUUCCGCUGUUUACUUUGUACUUUCAUCGAAAGGUUUCUCCUCGCUACUGGUACAGUCAGCGAUUUUUCCAUUCUUCUCUGUUUUGAGCCUCCCUCAUCUACAUAA